CUUAGUUACUGUGUAUGACUUUGUGUUUGUGGUAACUAGUGACGACCCAACAAUUGCAGUUCUGUUAAAUACCCUGGCCAGCGUUGAACCGGCCUAUCGUGACACGGGGGGUGUGGGGCAGUCUGGUUCCAAAACGAAUGCUAUCGUUUUUUACCCGCUGCAAACUACGAAAACCCGGGCGCCCAGGCCAGUUUAAGAGAAUCCCCUCAUUCAGUGAAACAUGUUGUUUAGCAACAAACUACCUUCUUGACAAACAAGAUCAAACCAACUGAGGUAUAAAGAUUAAAUAGCUAACGUUAGCAUACAGCUAGCUAGUUGUUUUUCAUGAGAUAGCAGGAUAUUUCUUGCAGCUUUAGCUAAAUCACGUUUUCCCCAGAAAGAUCAAGUGGGCUGGGUGAGCUAGCUGACGUUAGCUUAUUCAAAACCAGAGAUAACCAAGGAAUGGCAGAUAAAGACUUCAGCACAACACUGGCUUACACCAAGAGCCCGAAGACGUCGAGGAGAACAACUUUUCAGGAUGAGCUGGAGGCAGCUGUUUCUGCUAGAGCAAGUAAAAAAAAGACUGACCAAUACUCCUACUCAGAUGACUUUGACGAAGAUGAUGUGUUGAAAGAACUUCUCAAUUCAAGAAAAAAGAGAAUCGAUACCUUCAAGGCGGGAAAGAAGAAAGCCAAGAUCAACGACUUCAACCUGUCGGAUGACGAGGAGGAAAGCGAAAGGCCGACGAGAGUGUCGUUCAUGAAGACGCGAAAGGCCACUUCCCCCUUACAAGAUUUGGCGACACCUGACCCACAUAAAAAUGAACAAACAGACGGCUUUAUUGGAGGUAGCAGCGACCAGAAGGAUUCGGACUCCUUACACUCACUGCACUUUAAAAACCCUCACCAAGACUACACAGAAUCCUCGGCAUCACAGAACAGUCAGUUGAAAUCUCUUUCCCUACCCUCGCAACCAAGUCAAAAAGAAUCCCCAUUGCAAUCAACUUCGGAGAACAACAGCCAUUGGGAUUCUCCCUUGCCCCUGACAUCUAAUGGUGGUCUGUUGGAAACCCCAUUGCCCUUGCCGUCUGAAAAUAGUGUGGAGAGCAAAGAAUCGGGGACUGGAGGAAAAGGAAAACUAGCUACUCCACUGCCACUCAUCAGAUGUGCAUCCUUGACAGACAGCGUUGUCGAGAAUGAGCCGCCCAGACCCAAACCCAGGCAGAGGACCGUGAGGGUGAGCAGUCAAACCGAGGCGGAGCCUGUCGCCGUGGACAAGGAAACUCCUAGCAGACCCCCCACCUCCUCUGUGUCUAUCUCCCUUUCCUCUAUUGACCAGGGUGAAAUGGCAAGCACCCCCACUACUUCAUCCUCUAGCAAAACAUCUGCCAGGAGUCAUAGUCGACAAGGCCCCGUAGGAGACCACAACAUCUCAUCUAAACUCCGCAAAUCGUCCUCUUCAACUGUAGGUCGGCAGUCAAACUCGCUGUACAAAUCUACUGACGGCACCUGGAGUAGAGAUGGACAUACUUCAGAAGACAGCAAGGCAAAGGAUGGAAAAUACUCCACAUCAUUUGAAGAAUAUCAAGACGAUUCAGAGGAUCACCCAGAUCAUAUAAGCAGACUCAGCCAUGUGACUGAGAACUCUAUCGACACCAGGCCCUCAAGUUCUCUGACAAAAAGCUCCCGAAAGUCGCAGAGUGUGUGUUCGUACACAGCAGAGUCCAAAUACUUGGGGUCGCUGAAAGUUCUGGAUCGUAAAGUGCAGCUAAAGGAAGCAGAGCCCGGAUCUGCAGAUUCUCUCAGAGCGGCCAUAUACCAGGAAUGGCUGAAAAAAAAAAGGAAGAAGUUGCAAGAGACAACGCAAACAAAGAAAGAGGAACAAACAUUAAAGGAAGAGAAGAGGAGAAAGGAUGAGCAAGCUAAGAUAGACGACGCCAAGGCCUCUUAUGAGGCUUGGAAAGAAAAGAAAACCGAAGUCAUCAAAGCAAAAGUCAAAGAAAAGCAAGAUGUGAUCAAAAAGAAGCAAAGAGAAAUUUAUGAACAAGAAGAGAAAAAGGAAUCUGCUAAAAAGGUUUUUGAAAAGUGGAAGCAGGGUCAUGAUGAACUUCUCAAAGAGAAAUACAGGAAACAGAAGGAGGUUGAAAAUAAACAAAAACAGAAGAAAGAAGAGACGGAAGAGGAGAGAAAGAGAGAUUCCUUAUCUGCCAUUUCUAAUUGGAAUGAAAGGAAGAAGGAUGUUGUCCAUGAAAAAGUGAAAAUGGAGCGUCGGAAAGAGAAGAUCAAAGAGGAGGAGGAGAGAUAUGAAAAAGAAGAGAAGGAUAGGAUGGCCUUGGAGAUGUAUGAAAAAUGGCUGAGAAGGAAAGAACGCCAACAGACAAGACAGAGGAAGGAGAGACGGAUACAAGCUAUUCUACAAGACGAUCCACCUCCCCCUUGGAGUCCACCUAGUAAAACUGUGCCUUUUGGAAAAUAAUCCCUACACAGCCUAUGGAUUUAUGUUGCUAAAUAUGGAGUUUGCAUAUUUAGAUUGUUUUUAUCAUGACUGAAAUUGUGUUAUUUAUGAAAUUGUAUAAAAUUCAAUAGAAUGAUUUUUGGAA